AUGUCUUUCGUUCUACCUGAUAAAGCUAGCGAAGAAACUUCUGAUUCAGAUGAUGCUCAGAAAUUCGUCACUACAAACAUAUAUAACAGUAAAACUGUUAGUGAAACUGAAAGUGAAGAUGAGAUUUCAGUAUCCCCAAAAGCUAUGAUAGUUCCUUCUUUGAGUCUAAACUAUGUUAGAUCCAGUCAAGCUACGGUUCAUCAAACCUCUGCUGUCCAAUGUUUGAAUUCUGUUGAAUAUCCAUAUAGUUAUGAUCCUUAUUUGCCGCAAAUACCCAGUGUUUCGGAACAAUCCCUUGUCAAUGUUACCGAUUCCAAUCAGAAUUUACCAUCAGUGUCAUCCUGUUAUGAGACCCCAUCUAUAAUGGAUCAAAAUAUGCUAUCUGAAAUCGGUAUUAUUGAGUCACCUUACACGCAAAACAAAGAAAAAACUGAUGAGAUAUUAUCAAGCCCUUGUCCUAACUUUCUGGAUGAUUUCUAUUUGAACAGUGACUGUGAGAUAGAAGAUGUAGCGAAAUCGACUCGUAAGCAAAAACUAGUAGCUAAGACGUCUACUUCAAAUAAAAGAAUUAAAAAAUCUGCUGAACUUGCGGAAAUUACGCCUAAACGAAGGUCUCUUCGUCAGAAAUCUUUGAUUUCUCAAACGCAAACUCAAAAUAGUUCGAAAUUAUAUAUACAAGCUUCAUCUAAAGAUUCCUGCUACCAUCAUUCACAAACCAAACCCACAACAACUAAUACAAAUAGUAAAAGUAGCAAUAAAGCAAAAACAGACCAAAAUUUAUAUAAAUCAAAAACUAAAACGAUUUUACGGAUCCAUAACAAAAAAGAAUACACUAAUAGGACUAAAUCAACCUCAUUAACAGAUAAACUUACAACUAAUAAAACAAGUAAAGCUAUUGGUCUUUGUGAAUGGGUAGGAAAAGAAUUUGCUUAUGGAGUACAAAACUUAAAGGAAAACCAGUUUACAAUUCCUAAUGAAGUUGGCAGCCCUUUAGAAUAUUUUUAUAAAUUUAUUGACGAAGAUUUAAUACAGUACAUAAGAGAUCAAACAAUUUUGUAUGCGUACCAAAAAGAUUCCAAAGAAUUAACGUUGAGUACACAAGAUAUCAAGGAUUUUUUUAGUGUUGAGAUAUUUAUGGGUAUUAUCCAGUUACCCGCGUAUGUUGAUUAUUGGUCUAAGGAUUUUAAAGUAGAUUGUGUUAUAAAUGUGAUGUCCCUCAAAAAAUAUCAGUUAAUAAGACGUUAUCUCCAUUUCAAUGACAGUGAAGUUGAAAAUGAGAGCAAUGACCGUUAUUACAAAAUUCGCCCUCUGUUUGAUAAAGUUAUAUCCAACUGCAGAAAGAUUGAAGAAGAAAGUAGAAUGUCCAUUGAUGGGAUGAUGGUACCGUAUAAAGGGAAGAAGUCAGGUGAAUUAAAACAAUACAUAAAAACUAAGCCUAAAAAGUGGGGGUACAAAAUGUUUGUUAGAGCAGGAGUCUCUGGUAUAGUGUAUGACGCAAUUCUAUAUGGUGGACAGUAUACUUUUUCGGGAAGGGAUUUUAGUGAUUAUGAAAAUACCUUGGGAUUGGGUGCCAAAGUUGUCCUUUCUUUAUGUCGCACGAUAAGAGAUCCCGUACUAACUGUGGUAUACUUUGAUAACUAUUUUUCAAGCGUCGAGUUAAUGCACCAUCUACGAAACGAACUGGGUAUCUUCUCGAUUGGCACAUUUCGACAAAAUAGAACGAGAGGAUGUAUUCUGAAGGAUGACAAAGAAAUGAAGAAGAUGCCUCGAGGAUCGGUGGAUAUGAAAGUUUGUGAGGAAAAAAAAUAG